AAUUAACUAAAAUUAGAACAUUCUAAUACUUGUAUUUCAUAAGCUGAAAUUCAAUUUUCGAACAUUGAACUUGAAGCAAUAUGACUCACAAUGAAAUCGAUCUACAGCCGAUAAUGAAAUCUAUUUAUGAUGUCUUCGCUGCUUUCGACAAAGAUCAAAGUGAAACACUCGAACUUUGUGAGCUGAUGAAUUUAUUGAGAGCUUGUAAUAUCAACGUCAGUAAAUCGGAAUGUGAAGUGAUUCUUCACGAAAUGGAUUCUAACAAUGACGGAGUUAUGGACUUUGGUGAAUUUAUGAGCUUUCUGGGUAUGAUUUACAAAAUCCGAUUUUCUAAGAGAACAAAAUUGAAAGAUGAGUUCCAGAGAAAACUCAAGUCCAGGCAAUCCUCCAACAAGAGCGUCCUGAGAAAAGUGUCCCAAAACAAAGGACCCCGACCAUCGCCACCUCCUCGAAAGAGCAGCGUUGUACAAACAUCCACGAAAACACGAUAAUAAUCAUUUUUACCAUCUUGUUGGAAAUUAAAA